UGAGUGCAUACAAAGAACUGCCCACAAUCCCAAUCACCACAUCUACCAAGUCCUAAAACCACGAAGCAGCCAUAGCCAAUCCGAUAGAGAGCCAAAUGCCUAAAAAGCAAGUCGAGAAUUCAAAAAAGGCUGCCGGAAAUGCGAAGAAGGCUGCCGCGGCUGCUACCAAAGCCGAUGCCGAAAAUUCACGAAGGGCAGCCGAGGAGGCACAAGAGUGGGAGAAGGGUGCUAAGAGUAAUGCCAAAAAAGAGGCAGCCGAGGCCAAGAAGCGUGAUGCGGCCGCUAAGAAGGCCGCUGCGGCUGCAGCACUAGCAGAGGAGGAGCGCGCACUUCCUUCAAAACCCAAGCCCGCCAGAGCCGGCCCAGCUAAGCGGACUAAAGGGAUCGACUCUGCGUUGGGAUCUCUGAACGCUAGCAAUGUCGACGACGCCCUUGAUGCUUUGACUUUAGCUACUGGGGCUGAGAAAGGCACCAUUGAUCGGCAUCCCGAAAGGCGCUACAAAGCUGCAUACGCAGCGUACGAAGAGCGCAGAUUACCGGAGUUUCGUGAGGAGCAUAAGGGGCUUAGGCUUGGGCAGAUGAAGGAAUUGAUCAAGAAGGAGUUUGAGAAGAGUGAGGAGAACCCAUUCAACCAGGUUGGCAACGUGCGCUACGAUGCUACUAAGGAUGAGAUUGCACUUGCGAAGAAGGCUGAGAUGGAAAAAAUCGAGGUCAGGCUUGGUGGGAAGUAGCUGUGUUUUUCUUCUCUUGGUCAUUUUUCCGGCGUUUGAUCGCGAUGGGUGGGAGGUGGACUUCAUUGUGGUUGCGAUGGGAUACCUGAGCUUGUGUUUUACCAUGGGUAUCCAUAUCUUGUCAAACUCUCUGACCCUAACUUGACUGAAGCUUUGGCGCGCCAUUGUUUCGGGCCUUUGUCUAUCUAUUUGUCCCUCUCGUCACCCCAAAAGUUUAAUCUUUUCUAGUUGUUUCGUGAUAUCCUUUGUUCCAUUGAGCUACUAGCAUGCUUGGUUCAGUUGUUUGAAUUUCAUAUAUUGAGGCUUGCGGGGCGAGUGGUGAGAUUUAUCCCAGUUGGUAUCCUCCUUUCUGUGCAGAAUGUCGAAAAACCCGCCCCAGCAUUCACCACCUCUAUCUCCUCUUCGGCCGCCGCACGUCCGGCGUGCCUCGGCGGUGUCGAUGGCCAAUUCUUUCCGAAGCGACUUGCAGCUGCAGGAAGCAAGAUCAUGUUCAUUCGCACCCACAGCGCGAGGGGCCGUAACAUUGAUUAAUCUCCCACCACCUCUACCGCCCAAAGACGAAACCCCACAAUUCUCGCCUGGGGUUAGUGGUCAUGCUUUCUUGCUGGAUGGAAAAUUCAAACCACUACCAUCGCCCCUGGCAACUG